UUUAACCAAGGUAAUUGAUAUUUUUCUUCUCUCCUGCUGCCGACGGCGCCGCAGUGCAACGGCAGAAGGGUCUCGUGGUUGGAAUUUCUGACCGCGCGCACAUUUUUCUUCAACGCCAACAAUUUAUAUUGAGCAACAGCGACAUCUAUCUAUAUAAAAGGGAACCUGUUUAUGGAGUUUUAAUUCAACAACCAUGUGACACUGUAAUCCCUCCCCUUGUGCGUCAUCGUGCUAAAAAAAACACGGAAGUUGCUUUGAACUUAAUCAACAAGAACCGAAAGAGAAGGUGACGUCUUCCACAGCCAAACUUCCAAAAAUGCCACUUUUCUGACUUUUAAAUAUUUAAUCUUUGUACAUUAUCACCACAAUGGUGAACAUCCGCAGCCUCCUGCUUUUUUCCUUCGCUGCAUGCAGCAGCUGGACACGUCUGGCACUUUGUUUUGACCACUGUGGACAUUCCCCUCAAGUGUUGGACAGCGAUGUGGGAGAGAUCAGGAGUUCUGCUUACCACACUUAUUCUUACCGUUUCGGCUCCACAUAUGACUGCUGGACCAUUAAGGGUUCGAUGGGAGAACCGGUCAUCCUCAGCUUCACGCAGUUUUCAGCUCGGUGCCGGAAGGAAUGGCUGGCCAUCAAAUCAUCCGCCGGCGGCACGCCACUAGUUUUGUGCGGUUCCAAAUUACCGCCGCCUGUCGAAUUCCCGGGCGGAAACAUCACAUUGGUGCACCAUUUCCUGCCACAUAUCUAUCCCGUGUCAUCAUUUCUCUUGAAUUACGCCAGAGAUCCGUUCUCAGGCCAAUGCCCCGUGACGUCGUUUGAAUGCCCGGGAGGCCGCUGCCUGCCCCUCUCGUGGCGUUGCAACGGGCAGGUGGAAUGUCUCGGGCAAGGCGACGGCGCCGACGAGGAGGGCUGCGGCGCCGAGGAGACCUCGCCGCGGGACAGCGAAGCGACCGAGAGGAACGACGCCGGGGAUUCGGAGAAUCCAAGUCCUGCGGUGCAAAGCCACAAGGACGACAGGACAGAUGAGCUGUUGGCCCUGUUGAAGGAGAGGCAGGAGACCGAGGAGCACCCCAGGGAGAGCGCGGGGACGCCCGCUCCCAUCCGCUGGCCCUGCGGAGGACUUCUCCGCACCUUCUACGGGACCUUCUCUCCUCCGUCUCCUAUGGGCUCCCCGUUACUUUGCGUUUGGACUCUGGACCCGGAUGACUCCCGACCCUUGAGGCUGGACCUGCAGCAGCUGGUGCUGGGGCCCGGCGACACGCUGACGGUCCACAACAGAGCGCAAGGCAAAGGAGACGUCAUUAAAAUUAUCACCAGCGCCUCCAAUUACAAAUCGGUCCAAGUGGAGUCCCGCACCGGCCUGCUAUCGCUGACGUAUCGGACGCUCGCCGGCUCGGAGGGCAGCGGCUUCAACGCCACCUUCCGCGUGGGCACCUACUGUCCGCCCUGGGAGGGCCGCUGCGGCGGCGCCUCGGGGGGCUGCUUCACGCAGGAGCAGCGCUGCGACGGCAACUGGGAUUGCCCCGAGAGCGGCAAGGACGAGGAGGGCUGCCGGGGCUGCGGCCGCGACCAGUUUGCCUGCGGGGUCCCCGGCCAGAGGGGGGCCGCCGCCGCGUUGGCGGCCGGGCGCUUCGCCGGCCGCCCCGUGUGCUAUGCCGUCAGCGAGCGCUGCAACUACCAGCUGUACUGUGGCGACGGCAGCGACGAGAGGGACUGCGCCGUGUGUCAGCCCGGAACCUUCCACUGCGACAGUGACAGGUGCGUGUUUGAGAGCUGGCGCUGCGACGGCCAAGCGGACUGCAAGGACGGCACGGACGAGCUCAACUGCACCAUCAUCCUGCCCCGGAAGGUCAUCACGGCGGCCACGGUGGGCAGCCUGGUGUGCGGGCUGCUGCUGGUCAUCGCCAUGGGCUGCACCUGUAAGCUGUACUCGCUCCGGACCAGGGAGUACAGUAUGUUUGCGCCGAUCAGCCGACACGAGGCGCAGCUGAUUCAGCAGCAGGCCCCGCCGUCUUACGGUCAGCUGAUCGCUCAAGGCGUGAUCCCCCCAGUGGAGGACUUCCCCACCGAAAACCCCAAUGAGGCUUCGUCCUUGUCUCUGAGGGGGAUACUGCAGCUCCUUCGCCAGGACGCCGUCACGCCCCCACACCGGAGACGCAGGCCCCGCUUCGUGCGCCGCCUGGUCCGCCGCAUGAGGAGGUGGGGCCUGAUCCCCAGGCAGCCCUCCAGGCCCUCCCAGACGUCCGGCGGCGGGCAGCAAGCGCCCGAAGCAGCCCCGGCGGAUCAGGAGUCGAGUCGCGCCGCCCCCGCCGGCUCCUCGUCUCCUGCGGAGGGCGCCAACCGUCCCGCGCCUCAGAAAUUGAGCCUGUCGACUCGAGCCCCGUCGCCGUCCUGCGCUCCGCCGCCGCCGCCUCCGUACUCGCCGCCGGCGCCGCCCUCCGAGGCGCCCCAAACGCCUCCGGUGGCCAUCCCGCCGAGCAGCCCCUCUCUGGCGUCCAUCUUCCACACGCUGGGCCUCAGUCUGUCCUUGUUCAGAGCCUCGCCCCCGCCCGCGUCCGGCAACUCCAUGCCCCUCUCGGCCUCCCCCUCCUACUCCUCGUCGUCGUGCUCCGACGACGACGUGCUGCUCAUCCCGCUUUCUGAAGACACCGCCUCCGAGGACGAUGUGCCCAUGCUCACUUGAAUCCCUCCUCCUUGACUAGUGCCUUCCUUCCCUCUUGUCCUUUUAAGUCUUUUUACCAUUUCGAAAAGCAACUCGAGAGCGUUUUAGAGCCGUGUUUCCUAACCCCUUCGCGGGCCUAGACACUUUUUUUUUUAACAUUAUAAUAAAACAAUUCCCAUCAGACAAAAAAAAAUGUCAGGAAAAUUGCCGCACCCUUUUGUAGACUGAAUUAUGCUUCCCCGGAACAUUAAACCCCCACCGCCCCCUUCCCCCAAAUAUUAUUCAUAUGUUUGAUCAGUUUUUAUGCCAGGUUGGUCUUGCAAAUGAGAAUCUGCCCCUCACCUUACUGAUGGUUUGAUUUUCAAAGAGCAAAAAAAAUGUGCACAUGUGCAGGAUAACAUUUUGGGAGCAAAUGCUGCGGCAUACGUUUGUAGAUGCUCUUCAGGUAUUCCGGAAAGAGAAAAUGCACCCCCCCCCCCCCCUUGCUCCCGACUGAAGUGCCUUUCUGGAGGAAUUUCUCACAGAACACGCACUGAUGGCUCGCUGGCAAUAACUCUUCAGAUGCGGGUUUUAGUGCCCUUUUCCUCAACCCUACCCAAGUGAAUGUAUUGAAAUGGGUUGCUUUGAUGCUGGUUUUUAGGACGUGUGAAAGACGCCUCUUACCCCCCCCCCCCUCCAACCCCCAUUGAUUUUGACACUUGUGCCAUUCAAAUGAUUACUCCUAAUCUUGUUGCUUUCUGUCGAAUGUAUCAAAUAGCUCGGAGGCUUUUACGUUUGCGAUGUUUUGCGAGAAAGUUGAACGUUCCUUUGGGUCAAUUUCACUGUAUAUAAGUCCAAAAUGUGGCUGCGAUUAAAAGAUUUGCACUUUUU